AUGAGCAUCUACAACCCUCCUACACUCCAGCAGCUGGCCAUGCAGGGACUGCUGAAGAAUGAAUCCUUGGCCAUUUCUUCUCUGGACUGCAUGCCCAUUAUGCUCUUCCCACCACUGUUCAAAGAGGCUUCCGAAGGCAGACACACAAAGAUAUUGAAGGCAAUGGUGGCAGCCUGGCCCUUUCAUUGCCUCCCUGUGGGGGUACUGAUGAUGACUCCUGAAGUAGAGACUUUGCAAGCUGUGCUGGAUGGCAUAGACAUGCUGCUGACCCAGAAGGUUUCUCCUCACAGAAGGUGGAAGCUUCAAGUGCUGGACUUAAGGAAUGUGCACCAGAAUUUCUGGGAUGUAUGGACUGGAAGAGAGAAGGGAGUCCACUCAGAAGAUUCUGGGAGUGAGAAGCAAGUAGUAAAGUCCCUUCAUAGACAUGCCCUGAGGCAGCCUUUGAAGGUAGUCACUGACCUGAGCCUCUGCUUCCAUCUGCAAGAACACCAAACAUGCUUGUUGCAGUGGGCCCAGCAGAGAAACGGCACUGUGCAGCUUUGCUGUGUAAAGAUGGAGAUCUCUGAUUUCCCUGUGGAGACCAUCAGGGAGGUUCUAGACAUUUUUUGGCCACACUACAUCGAGGAAUUGGAAAUAAUAACAACUAAGAUCCUGCCCUUCCCAAAUUCCUUUGCACCUUGCCUUGGCCAGAUGAGAAAUCUCCACAAAUGCCAUCUAAGUCUCAAUGCCUUCUUCAUGGACAGUUCAGCCAUUGAAAUGUCUCUUCACAAGUUUCUUACUCAGUUCUCCAAACUCAACUCUCUCCAGCAUCUCUACCUGAAUGGCAUCUACUUUUCCACUGAGAACGUGAAACAGUUGUGCAGGUGCCUGAAGACCCCGUUGGAAUCCUUGUCUAUCACUCUCCAUCUCUCACAGUCAGACUUGAAGCAACUGUCACAGUGUCCAAGGCUCUGUCAAGUGAAAUUUCUGCUUCUCAGUCACAUAGAGUUAUCUACAUCACGUCCCACAGGUCUCCGAGUCCUCCUAGAGAAUGUGGCAGACAGUCUGCAGACCCUGGAGUUAGAGCACUGCAGCUUGGAGAAUUCUCACCUCAGUGUCUUCCUGCCUGCCCUGAGCCAGUGCUCCCAGCUCACCAGGGUCAAUUUCAGUGACAAUGACUUCUCCAGUACUGCAGUGAAGAACCUUCUGCAGUGCAUGGCCAAUCUAAAUCAACUAGCUGUACAGUUGUACCCUGCCCCUCUAGAGUGCUAUGAUAACCCCUGUAAUAUCCUCAUGGACAGAUUUGCCCAUCUGUGUCUGGAGCUCCAGGGCAUAGUUAUGGCCAAAAGGGAGCCCAAGACAAUGGCAUUUGCUACAACCAUCUGCAUUGAAUGUUGUCAGAGCUGUGUCUAUGACAUAGAGACCAAACUUUGUCCAUGUUGGCAGUAA